GGAGGAGAGGGAAGGGACCGGCCGGGCCGGGAGCGGGGCCAUGAACGGCUCGGCGAACUCGUUGCUGGACAAGGAGGAGCACCCGCUGCAGCUGGGCGAGAGCUUCGAGCGGCGGCCCAAGGCCUCCUUCCACACCAUCCGCUAUGAUUUUAAGCCAGCAUCAAUUGAUACGUCUUGUGAGGGGGAUCUCCAAGUGGGUAAAGGAGAUGACGUUACCAUCACUUUGCCACAUAUUCCAGGUUCAACUCCACCAAUGACUGUCUUUAAAGGAAAUAAAAGGCCGUAUCAGAAGGACUGUGUGCUUAUUAUCAAUCAUGACACUGGGGAAUAUGUGCUGGAAAAACUUAGUAGCAGCAUUCAAGUCAAGAAAACAAGAGCAGAGGGCAGCAGUAAGAUCCAAGCCCGAAUAGAGCAACAGUCUGCCCGAGCAUCUCAGCCUCCUUCACAGUUCAGAGCCCCAACCAAGCCAGCAGUUGGACCUAAAACUUCUCCUUUGAAGGAUAAUCCUUCACCAGAGCCCCAGCUGGAUGAUAUUAAGAGAGAGCUGAGAGCAGAGGUUGAAAUUAUUGAGCAGAUGAGCAGCAGCAGUGGAAGCAGCUCGUCGGAUUCAGAGAGCUCAUCUGGGAGUGAAGAUGAAAGCUCCAGCAGCGAGGGGGAAGAGCCAGCACAUGUUUCCCCUUCCCAGCCACCCCACCAGCAGUAUAACAACAGGAAUGCUGUUGCUAAUGGCACCAGCAGGCCGCAAGGAAGCAAUCAGCUCAUGAACACGCUCCGAAAUGACUUGCAGUUGAGUGAGUCUGGGAGUGACAGUGAUGACUAGAGGCUGAGCUUUUGCUGUUUCUGUUACAUAUACAUGAAGAACUAAUUUACCUUGAAGUGAUCCUAUUGGUUAUGAAGAGGAGCUGGCACAGAGAUGGUUCCAUGUGUGGAAUUUUAAUAGAAGAAAUGCAUAGCCCUACAAAAUAGCAGAUGUUGAGGACUGCUUUACUGUGUGAAUUACGUGUAUAUAUUGUGUAUAUUCUUAUUCUGCUAAAGCUUUGAGUACAUAUGUACAGUGGAUGAGCCAAUGUAUGUUCCUGUCCACCAUCUGUAAGUUUAACAUGUAAUUAUGUGAGGUCAUCUAAAAAUCUCUUGUUUGUAGGGUAUGUUCAGAGCAUCAUGACUUUCUUGGGGGACUUUUGUAUAUAGGGUGAGCAUGUGCCUACAAUGAGUUUAAAAAAACAUGCAGGAGCUAGUGUGUGCACUGAAGUGGGACUGCCAUAAAUUAAGUUUCAAUACUAAAUUUGUUUUUUUGGUUUGGGACUUUUUUAAUGCCUUUUUAUUGCUAUUUAUGCUUGAUUUAAUAGACUGACUUUUAAACAGUUGGACAAUAGGAAUGAUUAAACCAUGCUAGUCACAAACCUUGCUGCAUCAGUGCCUUAUAUGCAGGUUUUUUAAAUAGUGCUUCAAUUCCUGCCACUUUCCCUGUAUGGAGCAGUACUGAAACCUCCUCAGAUUGCUUCUGCAGACAAGAGCUGUGUGUCACAUACGGCCUGCUAUGCUCCAAGAGCAGUGACUCUAGCAAGAUAAGGGAUACACAUCAAUCACCUAAACUCAUCCAAGUAAGAAUCCGAUAAUCAUUCUCUUUAGAAACUGAAGGGUCCCAUUUAACCGAGACUUUCAGACCUAGUCUUCAGAAAUACUUACAAUCCCAACUACUAGUGACAUUGCAAUGCCACAAAUUUAAAAUAUUUGACUUACUGAAAUUCUAAGAUUAGAGCCCUCUUUGCAGUUUCCUAGAGAGUGCAAAAAGAAGAGGUGACAAAACAAGUAGCGAUGAAACAGCAGAAGUCUCUCUCCCACCACAGUUUUAAAGGUAGACUUUAGUCCAUACUGUUCAUUGGACGAGACCUCUUUGUGCUUGGCAGGAGUACACAGAACAUGAAAUAUUUGCCAAGGGUGAAAUUCACCCCUGUUUAAAGGGUGUUUAAAGGGUGCUUGGUUGGAUUAUUAUUAACUUUUUUUUG